AUGGUAGAACAUGGAGAUGAUUGCAUAAAGCUAAGAAAAGAAAAGAAACACCCCCCGCUGGACCACCCGGCCCAGCCAGCGGCCUACCAGUCCAGCCCACCCCGUCCCCUAUAUGGCCUUCCCGGGUCAAAUCCUAACCCACCGACACCCUACUUCCCCUCCCACGUUCGCCUCCUCCUCUCCGAUCCAGAUCGGGAUUGGGGGAACCAACCCACGGUCGUGCCUGAGCCCGACGCACCACCGCCACUCGACGCCGACGCCGAAGCCAUCCCUCACCGCAGCCGCUCGUCUCCUCGUAGCCCGGUCGUCCUCGUCUUCCUCCCCGAACGGCCCCGACGAGCCCGCGUCGUCGACCCGUCGCCCGCCACCUCGACCGCCUCCUCGCCGGACCUCGCGUCCUCGUCCUCCUCCCCGCCGGCCACCAGCAAGCCUCGGCGCCCCCUCUCCCCAUCAACGUUGAUACCGGAGGAGGUGACGGAGCUGCAAACUUCACACAGUUAAACUCCGACUACUCCGAACCAG